AUGGCGGCUGACACUGCCAGAUGGCACUUUUCCAAAAAUCUUUUCCUCUUAUGGCUCAGCUUCGUCCUGUUGCCGCUGAACACAACAGUAAUCGCGGCAAUACACCUCUGGAGCCGAUUUCGACCGUUCAAGAGCCAUCAUGCCCGCCUCGAGUCAGCAGCACGGCCGGCGCUCCCCAAGACCGUCCUGGUCACGGGCCUGAGUAUGGCGAAGGGCCUCGCGCUCGCACGCCAGUUCCAUCGUCGAGGCCACAGAGUGAUCGGCGCAGACACCCGCCCACUGUGCAUGGCGCGCGUCUCGACGGCCGUGGACCGGUUCUAUGCUCUCCCUAAGCCGUCGUCGACUUGGUGCCAAGCUGAUCCGCAUACUGUCGCUAUGCUGUCUCUGCUGCGAGAGGAGAACAUCGACCUUUGGGUCUCUGUGUCGGACGUGCACGAGGCUAUGCAUGACGCGCAGAUGCGGGAUAUGAUUGAGCAGUCUACCAAUGUCAAGUGCAUUCAGCUUGGUGAAUCGGAUACACACAAGCUGCACGAAAAGGACCUCUUCAUGAGCCAUGCUGUAGAAAUCGGUCUGCCAGUCCCAGACUCUAAGAUUGUGCACAACCACAAUGCCAUCAUCCAUUUCUUGAACAAGAGAGAUGCACUUCGCUUUCGACCAGGAUCGCCGCAGUAUUUGGUCAAGCAGAUCGAACAGGAUGACCACGAGAGCAGAUUUGACAUGACCCUACUCCCGUUGCCAACAGAGCAGGAGACGCUCCAGCACGUCCACAAUAUCCCCGUGCACUCUUCGAACCCCUUUCUUAUCCAGGAGUUCAUCAAAGGCGAAGAGUAUUGCACUCAUGCGCUCGUCGUCAAGGGUCAAGUUCGCGCAUUCCUGGCAUGUCCCUCUGCUUCUCUCCUGCUCCACUACAGCGCUCUGCCUCCCGAGUCGUCUCUCGCGCAGGCUAUGCUAGGCUUCACCGAGAGAGUCGCUGCAGCCGGAGGGGCCGAUUUCACUGGUCACGUCAGCUUCGACUUCCUCGUCAAGCCUCGCCACCCUCAGCGGGAAUCAUCCAAGGAUAUACUCGACGUCGACUUGUUUGCGAUUGAGUGCAAUCCGCGUGUGCAUACUGCCGUGCUGCUGUUCAAUGAUACGCCUGAGGUGGUAGAUGAGUUCUUCACGUUCGACAUUGAUGAGAAACCACGGCCUCCGGUCUUCCCGAGAGAUCUCAAGCGGUACUACUGGGUCGGGCAAGAUUUGGUGCAGAGGGUCAUAUUCCCCUUGUACCAAUUCUUCUUUCUGUGGACAUUGACUUUUACCCAGCUUCGGCAGUCAUUGACCCUGUUCGCUCAGCGUCUUUUGUUCUGGAAGGACGGCAUUUUCGAAGUCUGGGAUCCCUGGCCGUGGUGGUGGUUAUACCACGUGUACUGGCCCGUGCAAUUCUUGAAAUUUCUCGUCAAGGGGCGAUGGUUCAACAUCAACGUUAGCACGGGGAAGGCUUUUUCAGCUGAAUGA